UUCCGGGUUUGGCCAGAAACGCAGCCAUUGUCCCGCGCGCGGAUGCCUGCUGUCGCCACGCACCUGGGCUCGGAGGUCAGCCGAGUGGCCCUGCGGAUGCCGAGUAGGGGAGGGGGCCGAACUAACUGAACCCGAGUCUGUCGUGUUGCAGAAUCGGCGCAGGGGGCUGCUUAACCCGACUCCGUCCCGCUGCAGAGCCGUGCCGGGCCCUGAAGCUGGGACAGGCCGGUCCUGGGCCGCGAGCCCGUGGACGCCCAGCUCAGGCCCUCGGGCCCCUGCCUGUGCCUGAAAGAGAGCAUGGAAGAGCGGGAUGAGAAGCCCCCAGGGCCCCUGAAGACCGGUGCGCAGGACUCUCUCCUUCCUCCAGAGAGUAUCGUCAAGGUUGAGAAAGAAGAUGCCGGGUCACUGGCCCUUCCAUCCCCGGAAGGAGAGAACUUCAAAAUUGUGACUGUGGACUUCACUCAGAAGGAAGAAGGCACUUUGAACCCUGUUCAGAGGACCCUGGACAGAGAUGUGAUCCUAGAGAACCACAGGGACCUGGUCUCUUGGGACUUGGCAACUGCACUUGGAAGAAGAGAAUCAACAUCAAAGCAGAACAUUUUUGAUGACGAACCAUUCCACGGAGUGAAGUUAGAAAGGUUGACAAGAGAUGAUCCUUGGUUAGCUUCAUGUGAAGAAGUUCGGGAUUGUAAGGACCAGUUGGAGAAGCAACAGGAAAAACAAGAGAGACUCUUGAAGGAAAUGGCCUUUACUCACAGGAAAGCUAUUACUUAUGAGAGAGUCUGUAAAAAUGAUGAACUUGAGGAGAAGAGUGGUCUGAAUCCCAGUCUUCUUUCACCCCAGAUGAUAUCCAUAAGAAACCAUUUUCAUAAAAAUGCCUCACAUGUAAAAAAAUUGCAUUAUAAUCCUAUUGUUAACAGUCAUCAGAUGAUUCAUGACAGUGAGAAACUCUGUGACAGUAAUGAAUGUGGAAACCCCCACCAGAACAUUCACCUUAUUCAGUUUGCAAGAACUCAAACAGAGGCUAAAUCCUGUGGAUUUAGUGACAGUAUUCAAUCUUUUAGCAAUGAUGUACCCUUAAAUAUACAUGAGAAAAUACAUGCCAGAGGAAGAUCCUUUGACUUUGAGGAAUGUGGGCAAGUUUUGAACCACGGUAUAUCCCAUAAUGAACAACAGAGAAUCCCUGUUGAAGAGAGUCAAUAUAACUGUAGUAAAACCUCCCAGAGUUCAUCCAUUGCUCAAAACAUGAGAAAUUCUGAAGAGAAACCCUUUGAAUGUAAUCAGUGUGGGAAAUCCUUCAGCUGGAGCUCUCAUCUUGUUGCACAUCAGAGAACUCAUACAGGGGAGAAACCUUAUGAAUGUAACGAGUGUGGGAAAUCCUUUAGCCGGAGCUCUCACCUUGUUUCCCACCAGAGAACUCAUACUGGAGAGAAACCUUACAGAUGUAAUCAGUGUGGGAAGUCUUUUAGCCAGAGCUAUGUUCUUGUCGUGCAUCAGAGAACUCAUACUGGAGAGAAGCCUUAUGAAUGCAAUCAAUGUGGAAAGUCCUUCAGGCAGAGCUACAAACUUAUUGCACAUCAAAGAACUCACACUGGAGAGAAGCCCUAUGAAUGCAGUCAGUGUGGGAAGUCGUUCAUCCAGAGCUAUAAACUUAUUGCACAUCAGAGAAUUCAUACGGGCGAGAAACCCUAUGAAUGCAAUCAAUGUGGAAAGUCCUUUAGUCAGAGUUACAAACUUGUUGCCCAUCAGAGAACUCACACAGGGGAAAAACCCUUUGAAUGUAAUCAGUGUGGGAAAUCCUUCAGCUGGAGCUCUCAGCUUGUUGCACAUCAAAGAACUCACACUGGGGAGAAACCCUAUGAAUGUAAUGAGUGUGGAAAGUCUUUCAACCGCAGCUCUCACCUUGUCAUGCAUCAGAGAACUCAUACUGGAGAAAAACCCUACGAAUGUAAUCAGUGUGGGAAGUCUUUUAGUCAGAGUUACGUUCUUGUUGUACAUCAGAGAACUCAUACUGGAGAAAAGCCCUAUGAAUGCAAUCAGUGUGGGAAGUCCUUCAGGCAGAGUUCAUGCCUUACUCAACAUCAAAGAACUCAUACUGGGGAGAAACCCUACGAAUGUAAUCAGUGUGGAAAAACAUUCAGCUUGAGUGCUCGACUCAUUGUACAUCAAAGAACUCAUACUGGAGAAAAGCCCUUUACGUGUAAUCAGUGUGGGAAAGCUUUCAUUAAUAGUUCUAAACUUAUUAGGCAUCAGGCAACUCAUACUGAGGAGAAACCCUAUGAAUGAAUGUAACGAGUUUGGAAAUCUUUUAGCCUGAGUAUAUUUCUUUUUCCUUUCCUUUUCCUUUUUCUUGCAUUUCUUCCUCCCUCCCUCUUUCUCUUCCUCUCUUUCUUUUUCCUCUUUCUCUUCAAUUUCUUUCUUUCUUUUUCUUUCUUUCUUUCUUUCUUUCUUUCUUUCUUUCUUUCUUUCUUUCUUUCUUUCUUUCUUUCUUUCCUUCCUUCCUUCCUUCCUUCCUUCCUUCCUUCCUUCCUUCCUUCCUUCCUUCCUUCUUAGCUUGCAGUCAGCCUUCUGUCAUGUAUCUGGAAAUUCAUUCUAGAGAAGAAAGAACAAUGAGUCAUAUAUUUUACUUAGCAAUUCCAUAUUAAAAACUCAAACUUGGCAUUUAUGACACAUUGUCACAUAAGUAACAAAUAUUGGCACUUUUCCUUGCAGAAAGCACUCCAACUUGAAUCUGAGAAAAUUACCACUUGCUAUGGAGUGAUUGUGAGUGAAGUAGAGCUCUUUAGCAAUAAAGAGUAAAUGAGAAUGCA